AUGCAACUGGCGCUACAAAANUAUUCCGACAGUUUUCGUGAGCACGGUAUCAAUGGUCAUCUACUAUUGACCUCAGUGGACGACGAAGUCUUACGAGACCUGGGUGUAAGCACAGUUUUACACCGUAAAUUAUUUCUAAAAGGUAUCGAUGAAUUGAGAGGACCUUCAACAGCGAGUGGUUCGAAACCUUUAUCAUCAUUGAGCAAAGAAUCGAAAAAGUCUUAUUAUGAGGAAUUUCGUGGUGAUUUUAGUGCAUUGUUAUCUAUUCAUGAGAUGAAUGAAGCUACAACAUCAAUCUAUCGGCAGACGUCAGCGUGUCAAUUGGUAAAGCAAAAACACAGCUCUAUCUUAUCUCGUAUUUACAACUGGCUUGGUACAUUACCCAGCCGUUAUCAAAUAGACAAAGUUGAAUUUGUCUUUAAUGCUGGCCGAUACCGAAUGUUUCUUGGACACAUAGAAACAGUAGAAAAUCGUCAGACACAAGCACAAUUUCAACCGAAAUUACACGAAGAAAAUAGUUUUACUGAACGUCAACGUGUCUUAGACCGUCUUGAUUCCUUGUGUCAACAAGUUUCGCAUAAUCGACAAGCACGAAUUGUUCGUAUGUGGCAUGGAUGUCGAAAAAAUGCAUUACCGAACCUAUUAUCGGAUGGAUUCGCCACGUUAGGUACCCUCGAUGACGGUUGGUAUGGAAAAGGAAUGUAUUUUACUUCGUCAGCUAAAUACGCAGCACGAUACUGUCCAGAGAGUGGCGGCUGUUUGAUCAUGUGCUACAUCGCAUUAUUAAAUCCGUUCCCAGUCGUUUCAGCCGAUGCGCCGUUGAAUGUCUCACCAACCAAAUUCAGAUUUUACGGACAUGGUAAUUUUAAAAACUAUCAGUGUCAUUACAUUCCCGUCUCACCGAUAGGCAGUGAAAGUGCGAUGGAUUAUCGACCGCCACCGACAGGCACAGAUGAUGCGAUAUACGAUGAAUUGGUUGUAUUUCAAGAACCAAGUAUUCUACCACAAGUUGUGGUACAUUUUAAAUAA